AGCGAGGACAAGUCUCGACCGCCUGAGCACUUGAGCUGCUGCUGCGCUGCCUCGCCGCCGCGGUGCUCCACCGCUUCGGCACAGGAGCACAUGGCACCACGCUUGCACGCUGCUCGGCGUCCGGGUGCAGCCUGCGCUGCUGCGCAAUCAAUAGCGCCCAGCUCCCGGAGCAGGGGCUGCGCGCUGUGCGGCUGCGGCUUGCUGCCCUGCUGCUCCACUGGCGUCCACGGGAGCAGGAGCAUGCGGCAGCGAGAGCACGGCGGCAGAGGUCACACGGCACUGCGCUGCAACGGCAGGCACUUGGCUCCCCGCGUGGCAGCAGGCGAGCCGCUGCUGCCGAGCAUCGCUCUCCUCGCCGGCGCUAGGCCCCGGGUUGCUCGCAGCCCAGCGCGACGACAGCGUGUGGUGACGGCGCGCACUCGCCGGAGGCGGUGGGCGAGGGCCGCAGCGCAGCUUCGCGCGCAGCGACGAGACACCUCGUGCCGGAAGAACGGCAGCGGGCGCAGCUCGGCGCCGAGUGCGGGCCGCUGUGAAUGCUCCUCUUUUGGUAUUCCAGCAUGUCUCUCGCCCGCGGCUCGCUCCUUUGUCUUCUGCGGCGCAAGGAGCUGCAGUGCUCGCGCAGGCCGGUGGGUCUUGCUCAGUCGCCGUGCAACAGCAGCGAGAGAGGGCGCUCACCCUCCAGCCGCAGCGUCAGCGGCUGCGACGCAUCGCGCAGCCGGCUCCGGCGCUCGCACCGCACGUCGCUGCCGACGCCGGUGCCGCAUCGCAUCCGCGAGAUGGCGGCGGCGGCGCUGCCUCUGCGCGCUGACGCUGGGUGCUGCGGCUGCCCUGACGGCACGACGCCUGGCGGAAAUGAGAAAGCGGCGCAACCCGGGGCCCGUCCCCGGCGCCGCUGCACCUCGCGCAUGUGCUCGGCAGCGCUGCCGUGGGUUGUGCCUGGAGGCUGCUCUCCUGCGCUGCUGCUCCUCCAUCUGCCGUGGCCUGCGAUGCUGCGCUACGUAGAUCCGACGCAAGCGUCGCUGCGGCAAAUGCGCAGCGGAGACGCUGGGUGCCGCUGAAUGGGCAGCGCCAGCGCGGCAGCCCCUCUCGCAGCGCCCCCGCCUCGCGCUCCCACCGCAUGCUGCGCGCGUCGAAG